ACCAGUAUUUAAAACCCACUCAACUAAUUAAACCCGUCGUUAUUACCAAUAAUUUCAAAACACUCUCUCUCUCUCUCUCUCUCUCUCUCUCACACACACACACACAAACACACACACAGAGUGUGUAGUACGCCAUGGAAAAUAUAUUGGGUUUACUGAGAAUUAAGAUCAUCAGAGGAAUAAAUCUUGCCAUAAGAGACGCCAUAAGCAGCGAUCCCUACGUUAUUGUUCGAAUGGCAAAACAGAAAUUAAAGACUCGUGUGGUGAAAAAGAAUCUCAACCCGGAGUGGAAUGAAGAGCUCACGUUAACAAUUUCGGAUCCGAAUAUUCCAAUCAAGUUGCAAGUUUACGACAAGGAUACGUUCACACUAGACGACAAAAUGGGGGACGCGUAUUUCAGCAUAAAGGAGUUUGUAGAAGCUGUGAAGAUGAAGUUGGAGAAUAUUCCAAGCGGAACUAUAGUAACGAAAGUGAGACCAAACCGGGAAAACUGCUUGUCUGAAGAUAGCUUUAUUAAGUGGGAAAAUGGCAAAGUUACACAAUCUAUGUUUCUCAGGCUUAACAAUGUCGAGUGUGGUGAAAUCGAACUCCAAUUGCACUGGAUUGAUAUCCCUCGUUUCCGGCUGAGGCAUCUCUAAUUAAUUACU